AUGAUGAGGAAGGAAUGCCGUGGCAGAGGAAGAACAAUAAAAGCUGCCAAUGAAGUUUUCAAGAUCGUGGGGCUGGUUCCUGUGAGGAACGAGGAGAGGAGGAUCGGCUUCUGCCUCCAAGCUCUCGCAGCCUUCACCGACUCCAUCGUCGUGCUUGACGACUCCUCCGAUGACCGGACGGUUGAGGUCGUCAGGUCCCUUGCAAGCGACUGUAGGGUCGAAAGGAUUAUCACCAAGGAUGGCAGCUGGUCACGCAACGAGACUGCAGAUCGCAACAUGCUGCUGGAGGCAGGGAGGGAUGUAGGGGGGACACACUUCAUCGUGCUGGACGCGGACGAGGCGUUCACAGCAAACCUUGCAGAGGAUGACGAGCUGAGGAAGCAGAUUCUUUCCCUCGAGGUCGGCCAGAACAUAGCACUGCACUGGAUCCAGCUAUGGAAGAGCACACAGUACUACAGGCAAGAUUUUCAGCCCUCCUCUUCGGUGUGCAGGCGUGCUUGCGGAGCUGACGAGCCGCGCAGGAUAGACCGGCUGUAUGACGGGGAGGGAAUCGUUCAUGAGGUGCUGGGAUCGCAAAUGAUGCCUUGUAUCUUCCGAGAUGAUGGGACUUCCUGGUAUGAGGGAGAAUUCAUUCACACCCGUCGGAUUCCAGAGGAGCUGUUCCGAGGGAGUGUUUUGCUGAGAGACAUCGAGAUUGGUCUCCUACACUUUCAAUUCGUUGAUUGGAGAAAUUUCAUUCUCAAGCAGGCCUGGUACAAGUGUUUUGAAAGAAUUCAGCUCCCGGACAAGCCGAUAGCAGGAGAGAUCAACGUGCGGUACUCGGGCUCCCUGGACACGGUGGGCGAGCGAGUAGCGACUGUUCCCUCUUCUUGGUUCGACGGGUACUCCGACUUCUUCACUCCCGGGCUCUUCGAGCAGCUGGACAACUGGAGGAUCCCAAUCCUGGAGGGAUGGUUCGAGGAGAAAGGUUACGGCUACUUUGCUGAGAUCGGCGCUUUGAGGAUGCUGCACGAAUGGCACGUGAUCCCCGACUUCGACCCACCGAGCGAGAUGGUGAAGCAUCCGUACGAGAAUUUCGACCUCCUCCGCCACAAGCUCCACUCCAUCAGCUUCAUCGUGCCGCCGUUGGGAGGCUUCACGAGGAGCCGAUCAGCUGUAGAAAGUGGAUUGUUCAAACAUCGGGGCAUCGCUGAACAAGGUCUUGCGAGAGACGAGGACGUUGAGGUGGUUCUGCCCCUCAUGCGAGCUCGGGGAGGAGAUGAAGACAACUCAGAAACCUUCAAACCUCACUGGCGCUGGAGCGGAGGCGUCGUCUCCUCCUCCUGGGUCGGCCUGGCGAGCGUCAACGGCUUUCCGGAGGACGAAGACCUCGAUCUGUUCCUACAGAUCGACCACUACAAGGACAGAGCAGCGAUAUGCAAGUUCAAUCCCUUCCUCGCCCCCGCCAGCAUGAACGCGACCGUGCUGUCUCGCUCCCCUCUCCUUCUUUCCCUGACUUGA